CUCACACGGGCCACAUGUGGAACAGUUGGUGUGGAUGAGAAAGGUGCCACCUUCAUUCCUCCGAAUGAGAAUACCCUCGGCUUGGACAUCAGUGAUCCAAAUGGAGAUGGAUGUUUGCUUCAGAACCCGCUCCUCCGAAAUGGAUGAGCUUGCCAACGCCAUUGGGAUUCGUCGAUUUGGAUUUAAUAGCAGAAAAAUAGUUAACCCAUCGAUUGCUCCUGGAGCGUUAACUGAGCAAGUUUUUCGAAAUACAUAUCUCGUUGACACUCAACAUGCCGAGCAAGGGAAGGAUGCUACCGCGCUUGAUGAAUGGGUAUUCUCCAAGAACGCAAUCGGGAUGAGCAUCAAAAUCGCACUCAUCACACCGAUUAAAGCACAGCUUUGGAUCUCUUCUAUCUUAACAGAUUUCACACAUGUGUUGAAAUGGAUCACCAUCAUUAUCCUUCCACUACAUAGUCCCUUCUCUCUUGUAUUCUCCAUCACAGAAGAGGGAAUAUUGAGCAUGUGCUUCAUGGGUAGUGAUGAAAGGGAUCUCGCUACAUCUGAGGCAAAUUUCCCUCCUAGAAAAAUCAAUUUCCCACUCGGAACAAAAACCGCUGCAGUCAUACUCACAAAAUUUACACAUAAAAGCGCGCUUCAUGCUGACUCGAAGAGGAUCUCGGGAAGCCCAAUGUGGUUUGUGCUUUCAAAUUUGGGCACAGGCCUUGUGAAGGGAGGAAUUACACUCUACUUGUGGACAACUGUAAGAGGCAGUCAAGAUCGGUAAUGCACACCCAUUGCAACAUUUUUUAUCACCAUUUGUAGUAAUCUCCUCAUUAUCAAGCCUUAAUUCAUGCUCGUGGCUGAAAUGAUCUAUCUUGUCUCCUAGCGCCACAGCACAACUUGAAGAAGCGUCAUCAUCACUUUCCGCAUUUUCUGACUCAACUUCGAUAUAAAGAGGACCUUUAUUC